AUGGAUAACCAGACAGAGGUGAGCAAGUUCAUCCUGCUUGGCCUGUCCAGCCCUCAAGGGCUGCAGCAGUUCCUGUUCAUGCUCUUCUCCCUGCUCUACCUGUCCAGCCUGCUGGGGAAUGUGGCAAUUGUGACUGUGGUGAUAUGUGAACCUCGGCUACGCAUCCCCAUGUACUAUUUCCUCUGCAACCUCUCCUGCCUGGAUAUUUUCUACUCCACCGUUACCAUCCCCAAGAUGCUGGCUGGGUUCCUCUGGGGGCACCAGGGUAUUUCUUACACUGGCUGCCUAAGCCAGCUCCACUUCUUCCACUUCCUGGGCAGCAGCGAAGCUUUGCUGCUGGCUGUCAUGGCCUAUGACCGCUUUGUGGCCAUCUGCCACCCGCUGCGCUACAGCCUGAUCAUGAGCCCACGGGCCUGCCUGCUGCUGGCUGCAGCCGCUUGGGUUACAGGCUUCCUUCAUGCUCUGAUGCACACAGUCAUGACCUCCCGGCUCCAUUUCUGUGGCCCCAGCCACAUCCACCACUUCUUCUGUGACAUCAAGCCCCUGGUGAGACUAGCCUGCAAUAGCAACCAGCUCAACCUGCACCUGCUCAGCAUCAUCACAGGGAGUAUGGCAAUAGGCCCCUUUGUCUUCACACUCUUUUCUUACCUGUACAUCUUUUCCUUCCUCCGACUGAAAGUCCAGUCAAGGGAGGGGAGGAGGAAAUCCUUCUCCACUUGCAUCUCCCAUCUCACAGUAGUGGCCUUACUCUAUGUCCCUGUUAUUUUUAACUAUGUGCCACCUUCCUCAGGGAGUUCACCCAGGCGGGACAUGAUAGCCACCCUUAUGUAUAAUGUUGUCACCCCCGUCCUCAAUCCUUUGAUCUACACCCUGAGGAAUGCGGAGGUGAAACAUGCCCUAAAGAGAAGACUUUUCUCCAGACAGUUACUAGUGCAGAAAAUGUUCUGCCUUGCAGCUUGUGUGGGGUAG